AUGCUUUUAUUUUGCCCAACUUGUUCGAAUGUUUUGACUGUAGAGGAAGGAACUGGGCCAUCCUCGUAUAGGUUUGCUUGUCAAACGUGUCCUUAUGUUUACAACAUCACAAAAAAGGUGACGUAUUCGUUGUUACCUUUCUGACAUACUCGUAGAACUAUUCCUACCUACACGUGCAUUUACACCCCUCAGGGAAGUUUGAUUAUUUUUUUCUGUUUUAUUGGACUUGGAGAAAUAACAGGUUAAUUGGCUCGUUUACUGUCCUGCGUUAAUUUCAAAACUUCAAUUUUCAAUCCUCUCAACUGGGUGCAUUUUGACCUUCGUAGCAAAUGUGGUUUGCAAAUAUUAAUUUCGCUUUCAAAUAUUAAUUUCGCUUUCAAAACAAAACUGUUUGCUGAAUUUUUUUUGUCUACUUUGAUUUUGUUGUUGUUGUUUUUGUUGUUUUUUACAAAAAAAGAGAGUUUAUUUUACACCAUACAUCCCAUGAAAAACCAUCCAUAUCAUUUCCAAAGACAUAGCAGAUAUGUAUUUUGUGGCCUGUUAAUAGUCUGAACUGCCCCUUGGCAAGCCUUUCAGAGUUCUCAAGACUUUUGGGUUGAGCAUUUAACUCUGGUUAGCUUGAUUUAAACUGAACUGAACAACUAGAUUAUGCAUCAUCAAUUAAAUGUUUUACAUAACAAGCAUCAUGAUCAUUAUUGAGAUAUAUUUAUUUAAACUGAGUGUAUCCACAACAAUAAACAUAAACAGUGCCCUCAUUAAAAUUAACCAGUGAUUAUAAUAAAAUGAAUGUUCAGCUAAACAGUACAUACUCAUAUGCAAACCACAGACCAGAAACAUGGAAUCUCUCCACACAUGUUCAGAAUAAAGGAAUGCACGUCAUGACUUCUUCAUUAUUUCUCAAUUUUUUGGAGGGAACCAUGCAAACCAACUUGAGAGCUCUGCUCUAUACUUCCAGACGGCUACUUUAGAUAUAAGCUAUUCACUAAGAUUACUUAUUAAGGAUCCCUGAGUAUGUUAACCCUUUGACUCCCAUGAGUGACCAAGACAGAAUUUCCCCUUACAAUAUCAAUACAAUAUCAACCAGAAAAGUGAUGAGAAUAAAGAAAAAUAUCAAUUUGGGGAUAAUAAGUUGAUCAAAUACUAAUUCUCUGAACUAACAUCACAAGAAUUGUAUGGUUGACAGUAAGGAGAAUUACAAAUUUGGUCUGGGAGUUUAAGGGUUAAACCAUGUUCUAAAUAAUUAUUACUUCUCACUAUUCUCUGACAGAUAUCAAGUAAAAAAUAUCCAAAAUUAAAAGAGGUUGAUGAUGUGUUAGGUGGAAAGGAAGCCUGGGAAAAUGUCGACUCAACAGAAGGUAAAUACCUUCCAUUAUUUUGUUUGAAGUUCUUGAUCAUGUGUUCUGAUUUUCUGCAUUGGGUAGUCCUUCAGAGGACUGUUCCUGGUAGCCAUGAGUAACAUGUCUUGUCCAAUAGCACCUCACAGUGAUCUUACCUGGGCUAGAUCAGGGACUUUUUGAGCCAUACCAACCAUUAAAUGUAUUUUUUUAAAUUUAAAACAGAGCGCUGCCCCAAGUGUGAACACGACAGAGCCUACUUCAUGCAGAUUCAGACUCGGUCAGCAGAUGAACCCAUGACCACAUUCUACAAAUGUUGCAAAUGUGGUCAUCGCUGGAGGGAAUAA